ACGAGAACGCCAUAUUUCCCGACUCUAUCAAUCUGAUAUCUGAUUCUGAAUCCUGUCGAGAUCGCCAGCAAUAAAACCACGAGGAUUUCUCUUGUUUACGUGCCUGCACAAAGAGUCUGCAAUUUUGCCCUGGCGCCGUAUUCUGGGUCCCUCAAUCCAGACCACCCACGUGACUUCACAAACCCCUCAUCAGCGCACACGGGAAUCCACCAAAUCAGAGCCGGGGAUUUUCGUGUUACGCCCCGGCCACACCAGACUCGGUUUUUUCGUGAAGUAGCAAAGAGGAAGUCGACAGCAACAGCCAGGUUCACGCCUUUAUUCAUCUGGAAAGAAGAGAUUUAGUUCAGCAAUGCCGUCUAACCAUCUUAACACGCUGCCCUACUACGUCGUCGAUCCGACGCCCAUGCCGGAGGGCAUCCCCUCCGUGCCCGAGGUCGGCGCUACCUCUGCGCCCUUGCUGUCCGUCAGCUACUUCAUCGGCGCGCGGUGCAAACCUUACAACAACAACUUCAUGCUCUGCCGGAGUAAGAGCAAGACGCCUGAGCAGGACUGUCUCUACGAGGGCCGACGAGUGACCCGAUGCGCCAUCUCUGUGCUGGAAGACAUCACCAAGAAUUGCGAGGAGACCCUCAAAGCCCACGUCGACUGCCUAGAGAACAGAAACCACGAGCUCGACAAGUGCAGACUCCAGGAGGCGUUCUUGAACAAGUGCGUCAAGAAGUUCUUGAACCUCGAAAAGGUCAUCCCAGACGCCGAGGGCAUCCCCGUCCACUUGCGCAAUGUGAAGCUAGUGGACUAAACACGCCCUCCACCAACUCAUUCACACUCUGCAUCACCUCUCUUUUUCCUAUUUUUUUUGUUGUCUGUUGUUUUCAUCCAUUUCUAGCUCACACAGCAUCUAAAGCUCUAAUUCUAUAAACCAUCGGGAUCAAGAUAGUUUGCUCCAUUUCCCCCUCAUCUAUUUCUUAUUUUUGUACAGUCUGUGACAAAUGUUGGUGUCGGUCUGGAAAGUGGUUCUUUUUACUG